AUGCCUCGUUUACUCGUGCCCUAUGACAAUUCUAUGCGCAUGGGUAUGGGGUUCAACUCCUAUACCCAUAAGCUCUGUAUGCAUGGCGUGGGCUAUGACAGCGAGGGUAAACACAUUCUCGAAGAAUCGCCAGACUCGUUCAUGUACUCCUCAAGGAUUAUUGAGCGAGUGUCAGACAUCGCAACGGCCCUGGAAACUCCACUAGCUGGUACUAUCAUCGAAGGAUCUCUUGACCGUUCGGAUGGCGGGACGUUCAUCGAUGAAGACAAAAUCAUAGCGGCGGAUGUCAAUCUUCUUGUCUCCGUCAGAGUCAUGAUGAAAACCUACUUGUCCAUAGCUCCUGAUGAUUUUCAAGGGGUUGAUGGAUUUGAUCCCGGAUCAGACGAAUUUCAUGACGCUUUUGGAGACUCAUACAUCUCUGGCUCUGUCAAAGGUGGCUGUUUUACUAGUAUUAUUUCCAUCCGCUGUCUAGACAGAAACGACAAGGAUAGAGUUAUACGAGCUAUUGGGGAGUUUACAGAGACCAAGUUCAACCCUAGCGAUAUGAAUGAGACACUCAGCUCUGCAUCCAAGCGCCUUUGCGACAACAGCUCUCUCGAAAACACAGAGAUCUCUAUCUCCGUCCAUUGUCGCGGGGGAGGGCGAUUCCAGGCUAUGGAUCGCCCUUGGGACAUCCAUGCUGUGUACCUAGCAGCUGCUAAGUUCCCAGGUCUGGUUGCCAAUCAUCCACAGUACACUUGGGCGAUCCUGACCAAGCAUAAUGCGUCCCGGACCUGGAACGAGCGUAUUCGGCUGCACAAGGCCCCAGGCACGAAGUUUCUAGACUAUAACCCUGUCCUGCGCUAUACAGCAACCCUUUUUGACAACUUCAUGAAGUACAAGGGUCUUGUCAAAAAUGUCCAAGAUAUGCUUUCCAACGGAGGUCAAUACAAUCCAACAACCAUGCCCAAUUCUAUCCCACUUGACACCACUACACUCCUGGCAGUGCGUACUGCCGUUCAGAACGAGAUGGACAAGAUUGUAUCAGUGGUCAGCACACUUGUAAAAACGCCCGAGAUCCUGUCUCAUGUCGACAGCUUUGCUAAAACAACAAAGAACAACCUAGUUCAGAACAUUAUUGACGAAGCUCUUUUGCCAUCCCGCAAGUUCAAGGAUAUCCUUAGCCUGAAUGGAGUUGAGCCCUGUCGCGCACCGAGCGGUUUUUCAUCAGAUGCGUCUACCACAGACCUUCAGGACAUCCGAACCCCGGCAACCAACGAUCUAGACUAUGUGGCUAAUGAUAAGAUCCACCACGAGGAAAGCCGACAGGAUGUAUUGGUUCGCUCUUUCGAGACGAAGAUGAAUUCGCUCAUUGCGCCCGAAGUGUGGGAAGCACUCUUGCCUAUUCGUAAACCAUCAACAGCAACUCAUAACCAAGCAAGGAAUGAUCUCAAAAUUCUUGCAGCGGUAUGUGGGAUUCAUGAUGUUACAUCCAUGCUGGAAGCUCUUGUCAUAAAUGGGGAGUUGGCAAUCAAAAUCAACGCAAUCAAGAGUCUGGUAAAUGAAGAGAUUUACAAGAAAGAGUUGCCUCUCCUUGGCUGGAAUCUAUCUUUCAUCUACCAGUAUGGUAACGGGCCAAUGCAUAUCUGUUCAGCCAACUACGACGAAAAGUCUAUCGAAUCAGUUCACGUCAGCAAGACAUCGGAUUAUUCGAUUGUUACUGACCGUGAGAGUAUUGAGGGGAAGUUUCCCCUUGUCGCUAUUGUUUAUGGUGGGUUGAUCUGUGAUUCCGACCAACUCAAAACGAUCGAGGAGCAUAUGAGUCAAGACUGCAAGAGCGACCGCUCACAUAACCAAUGUAUCAUGUUCGACGAUGAAUUGAUCGGAAGCAAUCCCUGGCCUAGUGUCGAGAAGACCGGUGUCGUUUUCUUCACAAACCCGAGUGACAGCCGUAUUCAUGUUGCCGUCGGCUUAAAAGGUCGCUGUUGCCUUCUCAAAGAACAACGUCAGCUUGUCGAACUGCACAACGGUGCGGUUCAAGGGAUCCAGAACACCGGGAAAAAGGACAAGACCACAAAGAAACCGAUCUCCGUGGCAUUGGGGCCUAAAACACCACGUUACUCAUGUGCCUACGAUUUUGGCGACCUCAGAUAUCUGACUCGCAAUUGGCCUUUCCUAACCUUCGAUAACGGCAUCAAAUUCGUUUACCAAAGGGCGGGUCUUUGGCGUAGUUGUAUUGUAUUCCAAGGUCCAACUUGGGAAGAAGAAAUUGCCCAAGUUUCUGAGUCAUGUGUUGACGGAAGUCUCAGCUUGAAGAAUCAUGAUGGAACUGUAGAACGACUGCCAAAGGGUGAAAACGGUACCAUUCGGCUUUUGCUCUCUAGUGUCAAGCCUCACAUCGAGGUCUAUAACUCAAAGGGUAAAAGGAUUUGGGAUUCAGAGUCAAAUUUGGACGAAUACGAGAACUAA